AUGGCAGAACAUAUUGAUAAUGAUCGAUUGCAUGAAGAUAUUCAUUAUCGUUUUGAUUAUUUUUCAAAAUUUAUUAAUUUUACUUCAGAAGAUAUAUCAGCAUUAAAUAUGUUUGCAACAUCAGCUGUUUCAGUUAUUCCAGUUAUUGUUGAUUCAGUUUAUAGAAAAUUAUUUCAAUAUGAUAUAACAAAAAGUUAUUUUAUUUUACAUAAUGAUGUAUAUGAUGGACCUUCAAGAAAAACUGAAAAUCUUUCAUUAGAUUCAGCACAAAUGGUUUAUCGUCGAGAUAUGUUAAGUAGUUAUUUAAAACGAUUACUUUUACAACGUGAAUGGACAAAUGAAUUUCUUGCAUAUCUUUCAAGAGUUGGUAGAAUGCAUACAAAUAAAGUUGGAUCAACAUCAAUUAAUGUUGAUUUUAUUCAUAUUAAUGCUACAUUAACUUAUAUUGAAAAUCUUCUUAUUGAAGCUGUUUGGUCUAAUGAAAAUUUUGAUAAUAAUACAAAAAAAAAUGUUUUAAUAGCAUUAAAUAAAGUAUUUCGAAUUCAAAGUGAUUUAUUUCUUAUGCAUUAUCUUGAAUCAUCACAAGAUAAUUCAUCAACACGAACAACAAAUCAUGAUAAAGAAAAAUGUAUUUGUAGUUGA